ACAAUAAUGAAAAAACUCCAAUUGAAGAUUUUAAUGAAUUUUAUAAUCAUCAAUGCAAGCUUUGUUUUGCAAAUAUUAUUGGAUUUUUUUAUAAAUAUGGAAUUGGGACAGCUAUUAAUUAUUCAGGCGCAUUUGAUAUAUAUAAUCAAGCAUCUAAAGAACAUUAUUUUGACCAUAAUCAUUUUUUUUCAAAUAAUCAUUAUUUUAUAAAUGAUUUACAAAGAGAAAAUCAAAUUAUUGGAUUAAUCUCUCUUGGAAUACUUUAUGCUGAUGGAAAAGUUGUGGAAGUAAAUAAACCAAAAGCAAUUUCUUUAUUUUUGAAAUCAGUUGCUAAAGGAACUUCUGUAGAUGACGAGAAGGCUUUUGCAUGGUAUAUUAAAUCUGCAGAAGAUGGAGAUAGUUCAGAGCAAAAAAAUCUUGGUGAAUGCUAUAAAAAUGGAAUAGGAAAUUUUAGAAAUUAUAUUAAAGCCUUGAAAUGGUUUAUGAAGUCAUAUAUGAACGGUAAUAAAUUUGGCGAAUAA